UCCCGGGACACCCCACAGCCAGCCACAUGGCUCCCUGGUGCCCUAGUCCCUGGCUCCCUCUGUUGACCACAGCCCGUGCCCAGGGUCCCACUACGCAACUGCUGCUGCUACUGGUGCUCCUGGUGCCUUCCCAUCCCCAGAGUCUGCCAUGGAUGCAUGGGGCUCCCGGCAUGGGAGGAGAUUCAUCUGGGGAAGACGAUCCACUGGGUGAGGAGGAUCUGCCGAGUAAAGAGGACCCACGUGGAGAGGGGGAUCUACCUGGAGAGCAGGAGCCACCUGGACAGGAAGAGCCACCUGAAGUUGAGACUAACUCAGAGGAAGAGGACUCUCUGAGGUUAGAGGAUCUACCUACUGAGGCUCCCAGGAAUACUCAAGGUCAAAAAAAUAAUGCCCACAGGGAAAGAAAAGGGGAUGACCACAGUCAUUGGCGCUAUGGAGGCGACCCGCCCUGGCCCCAGGUGUCCCCAGCCUGCGCAGGUCGCUUCCAAUCCCCUGUAGAUAUACGGCCUGAGCUAGCUGCAUUUGGCCCUGCCCUGCGACCCCUGGAACUCCUGGGCUUUGCGCUCCCGACACUCCCAGAAUUGCGCCUGCAAAACAACGGCCACACAGUGCAGCUGACUCUGCCUUCGGGGCUGCAGAUGGCCCUGGGUCCCGGGCGGGAGUACCGGGCCCUGCAGUUGCAUCUGCACUGGGGGGCCGCGGGUCGCCCGGGCUCGGAGCACACCGUCGACGGUCACCGUUUCGCUGCUGAGAUCCACGUGGUUCACCUCAGCACUGCAUUUGCCAAAGUUGACGAGGCACUGGGGCGUCCAGGAGGCUUGGCCGUGUUGGCCGCCUUUCUGCAGGAGGGCCCAGAAGAAAACAGUGCCUAUGAGCAGUUGUUGUCACAUUUGGAAGACAUCGCUGAGGAAGGCUCAGAGACUUGGGUCCCAGGACUGGAUGUAUCUGCACUGCUGCCCUCCGACCUCAGCCGCUACUUCCGAUAUGAGGGGUCUCUGACCACACCCUCCUGUGCCCAGGGGGUCAUCUGGACUGUAUUCAACCAGACAGUGAGGCUGAGUGCCAAGCAGCUCCACACUCUGUCUGACUCCCUGUGGGGGCCUGAUGACUCUCGACUACAGCUGAACUUCCGAACCACACAGCCUUUGAAUGGGCGAAUGAUCGAGGCCUCCUUCCCUGCUGGAGAGGACAGCAGCCCUAGGACCUCUGAGCCAGUCCGCCCAAACUCCUGCUUCGGUGCUGGUGAUAUCCUGGCCUUGAUUUUUGGCCUUCUCUUUGCUGUUACCAGCAUCGCCUUCCUUGUGCAAAUGAGAAGGCAGCAAAGACAUGUAAAUAUGGCCAAAGGGAGCGUUAGCUACCAACCAGCAGAGGUCACUGAGACUGAAGCCUAGAGGCCUGGAACUUGGAGAACCUACAGAGAGAAGCUGGCUAGAAGAAUCUGAGGGGGAGCUGGAAACUGUUUCCUGGCCUGCCCCUGUUAUACCACUUCCUUUUUAACCUCCAAAAUUAAAAAAAAUAAGUUUCUAAUAAAAUGUGUGGAAGGCACCUUUGUUUCUCAAAUCAGAAGAAUGGUGAAUUAAUUUCCUAUGGCCGCUGUAGCAAAUUACCACAAACUUAGUGGGUUAAAACAACACACAUUUAUUCUCUUAUCAUUCUGGAGGCCAGAAAUCUGAAAUAAGGGCUAAAGGUGUUGGCAGGGCUGGUUCCUUCUGGAUGCCUCAGGGAAGAAUCCUUUUCUUGCCUUUUUUAGCUUCUCAAGAUCACUUUCAUUCCUUGGCUCACAGCCCCUUCCUUUCAUCACUUCCAUCUCCUACUUCCAUUGUGACAUCUUCUACUAUUGUCUUUGACCUUCUUGCCUCCCUCUUUUAAGGACCCUUGUAAUUACACUGGGUGUACCUGGAUAAUCUAGAAUAUUCUCCCCAUCUCAAAAUCUUAAAUCACAUUUGCAAAGUGCCUUUUGCCAUGCAAAGUAACAUAUUCACAGAUUCUAGGA